AUGGCGAUGUUGUACAAUUUUGAUUGGGUACCGCUGCCGAUCAUGUAUCCGCAGUUGAUUGUUCUUGCUGUUCACCUCUAUUUUGUUGUUUGCUUCUUUUCGCGACAACACAUUCUCUCUGAGGAAGCACCCAACAAGUCCGUUGUAACUCUAACAAAUGUGAAAUUUGACGAAGACAGAGUAGCAGAAGUUAGCUAUAACGAAGGCACUCGAUUCAACGGAGCAUUUCAGCUGGACGUUUAUUUCCCGUUCAUGACUGUUCUACAAUUUAUUUUCUACAUGGGCUGGUUAAAGGUGGCCGAAGCGAUACUCAAUCCGUUCGGCGAGGAUGAUGAUGACUUCGAAUGCAACUUUUUGCUCGAUAAAAACCUUGCGGUUGGCUUAACAAUAGUGGAUCAGGGCUAUAACCAACCACCGGCAAUGAAGAAAGAUCCGUUUUGGGACGAGCCUAUUAAGCCUCUGUAUACUCAACAAUCGGCAAUGCUCGAACGACGCAUGAGCGGUGUCACGGGCUCAACCGCACACGUCAAGUUAGCUUCUGGCUUUUAUAGUUUCAGGGAAUACGAACAAAGCUUAGAUCUCCCACAGCACUACGGAAAAUGA